CACGCACACGCUCCCGCAUGUCAAUCUACAGAGAAACCCAAAAAAAAAGAGAAAAAAAAAAGUAAUUCUCAGGAAAUCUGCUCACCCACUACGGGAAGAAGGAAGAAAAGAAAAGGGGCGAUUUCAAUUUCUCAAGGGUUUUACCUCCGGCGAACAUGGCGGAAAAAGGUCGUCCAUUGCCCAAGUUUGGUGAAUGGGAUGUAAAUGAUCCAUCAUCAGCAGAGGGUUUUACAGUAAUUUUCAACAAGGCGAGGGAUGAGAAAAAGACAGGAGGCAAAACUGAUUCCCCUACUAAGGAUGAAACUGCAUUUGGGCAUGGGCAUGGACAUGGACAUGAAUCCCAACUUGGGAAGCCUCCAAACAAGAAAUGGUUUUGCUGCAUUGGGUGAUAAACCAACCAUGCUCGGAUUUUGAGGCUUGUUAAACUUGCAAACAAUCUUAACAGGAUAUUUGGUCCCCCAGUUCGGUUUCUGUGAUUAAAACAUGAAGUUGUUGUUAAAUUACUUCCUCAUUUUUAUGCGUGUUCUUUUUCCCCCUUUAUUUUUUACUGUUUUUAAGGAUGUGUUGGAUUGAAAUUGAAUACCCUCAGUUAUAUAUAAACCAUUAUUAUUGCUGAUU